AAAUCGUUGUCACCUUGCCCCAGUCGGAUUUUAAGGUCUUUUAAGGCUUUAUUUAGCUGUCACAAAGUUGAAAAGAGUAAACGUGUACAUUUCCAAGUGCUGGAAACAAAAGUUUCACACCAUAUUUUGGGUGGCAUCAUUUUUACGCGCUAAAAAGUGAAUUUUGAGUUUUGUGCUGUAAAAUGGACACAUCGAACAACGUACGCCUGCAACUUCAGCAGCAGCAGGCACGCAAAUCGAAUCAAAACAUUCAGGUCUAUGUGCGCGUUAGGCCGCUGAAUGCACGCAAGCGAUGCAUACGCUCCGCAGAGGUUGUGGAUGUGCUCAAUCCACGCGAGAUCCUCACCGCUUCACCUCACCCUCGACUCGAAGUUGACGAAGAAGUUUACGUUUGAUCGGAGCUUCGGCCCCGAGUCC